AUGUCUGAGCGUUCCACCGUCCACGUUGAGGGCAUUGCCCCCGCCACCACCGACAAGGAGGUUCAGGACUUCUUUAGCUUCUGCGGCAAGAUCACCGCCAUCUCUGUGACCCCAGUUUCCAGCGAAGCCGAAGCCCAGAAGUCGGCCACGGUGACUUUCGAAAAGGAGGCUGCCGCUAAGACUGCUCUGCUCCUCGACCACACCCAGCUGGGCCCCUCCGUCGUGCACGUUAAGGCCGCCCAGACCCUCGAUGACAUCGCGGGCGAGCAAGCUGUCAGCGCCGGACAAGCCAAGGACGAGCACAACCACGACCUCGAGCAGGAGGAUAAGCCCCGUUCUCGCAUUGUGGCUGAGUAUUUGGCCCACGGUUACACUCUCAGCGACUCCGCGAUCCAAAAGGCCAUUGCCCUCGACCAGAAGCACGGUUUCUCUUCGCGGUUCACCACCGCUCUCACCUCCUUCGACCAGAAGUACCAUGCCACCGACCGCGCUCGCGGGCUGGACGAGAGCUACAAGAUCAGCGACAAGGCGACCACUGGCUGGCGUAGUCUGAACCACUACUUCGAGAAGGCUCUCGGCACUCCCUCUGGCAGGAAGCUCCGGGACUUCUACUCCCAGACGGACAAGCAGGUGCGGGACAUCCACGCCGAGGCUCGCAGACUUGCGGACCUGAAGAGUGGCAAGCCCGCCGAGGGUGGCGAGGCCCCUGCUGCUACCGGUGCCCCUAGCACGGCGCCUGCAUCCCAGCCGGCGGGUACUGCCGCUCCUGCGGAACAGGCUUAAUUGAAGAUCAAUGAGAUCUGGGGAAAAGGAACUGGGAAGG